CGACGCGGUGUACAGCAUGGUGCUCCUCGACGUGCUCUGUCGGCAAGAUCGCCGCCAACGGGAUGCCGCCUGCGCCGCCAACUUUGCCGGUGACCGCGUCGACUACUACAUCAGGUGUUCGAUGAAGAACGCCUUCACCAAAAUACUCGAGAGUGGUAUGGGCGAUGGCGACGGCGUGGUCUUCGACCGCGACGACGAGCCGGGCGUGGUGCUGACGCAGCUGGCGAGGGACACGGAGCAGCUGACCAUGGUCGAGCGGCGCAGCUUCAGCCAAAUAGCAUUUUACAGUGAUCGUAAGUUUUUCACGAUUGUAGUGAGUUAGUAACAAACAAAGAAGUUAACAAGUUUGUCAUGAUGUUGUAAUUUUAGUUCAAUCUGUGUUUCUUUUGAAGCUUGUUAAAAUCAUGUGGCUGCUGAAUGGCA